GUUAUGGUUACGGAAAGAUCAUGGUUUGGGUUGAAACAAUCACUCUCGCGAGAUCUUUCGUAAAUCUGGGGUUACCAUCCAGACCAGACUGUUUGAUCUCACUGAUCGCGCGUGGAAACUAUCCACCUAAAACGAGAGCUUUUAUUUUGAAGGCACAAGUUUCCGUUCUCGCGCCGUUGAUCUUUUGUGUACAUUGACGCGGUGUGCAACGGGGUCUGGAGGCAGAUAAUAACGGGUCCUGCCUGCAUACUAACGAAAAAAAAAUCGCUGUUCUUCGCAUUUUUAUGGUCAUAUAUCGUUUGCAGUUUGUGUAGCGUUUGCUUCACCGGCAGGCAGCGUUGAUCCCCGGCCGCUGAGCCCGACCCGCCUCUCGUCCAUUGUCGCUGAUGGGAGCUCAGUAGCUAGCUAACUUGACGAUGAAGAUGGUGAUGAUGAUGAUGGUGAUGAUGCAUCGGAGGAUUUAUCCCGGUGUCUCUGGCUGAGAUGGAGCCUAGCUAGCGAGCUAACGGUGCCCGCCGGGAUCCAGUUUGCCCGAGCCGCCGUGGAUAACGUCAGCUAAAUGGGUUCAUCUGCGCUUUUAUCGCGUUAUUAUCACACAUUUCCACCUCUGUCCCCAGAUUUGAUUUGAUAUGAGACUGACCAUGUUAACGAGCGAUAACUGCUAACUUAACCGUCUAGGUUAGCCACACGUGACAUCGUUUAUUUCGCUCCGACAAUUAGCUUCAUCUCUCCGGCCGUCCGCGGAUGCUUCAGUGACAUUAACGGACGGCGUGUAUCAGGAUGGCACAGCUCUUGGACGGGGCCGGCAAACUGGGCUGGGUUCUACUCAAGUCUGUGAUCCGUUUCGUGUUUAUGUUCCUCAACAACUGUGUAGCCAUCCCAUCCUACUGCUUAUACCUGAUCCUUCUUCAGCCGCUGAGAAUAUGGGACAAGUCCACUUUCUGGCACGUUGAAGGAGUUAUGUUCAAAUGGUUGCUGGCCAUGGUGUCUUCAUGGGGCUGGCUCGCAGGUUAUACAGUAACGGAGUGGGGUGAUGACGUGCGGCCCAUCUCUGAAGAAGAGGCCAUGGUCAUCGUCAACCAUCAGUCCACAGGAGAUGUGUGUACCCUCAUGAUGUGCCUGCAAGACAAGGGCACGGUGGUACGAAAAAUGAUGUGGUUGAUGGACCAUGUGUUCAAGUAUACCAACUUUGGCCUAGUGUCCCUGAUCCACGGGGACUUCUUCAUCAGACAAGGUAAAGCUCACCGGGACAAGCAGCUGUUCUACCUAAAAGAUCACCUAGACAAAUACUACCACAGCCGUGACAGGAAGUGGAUAGUGCUGUUCCCUGAGGGCGGCUUCCUGCGCAAGCGGAGGGAAACCAGCCAAACGUUUGCCAAGAAGAAUUCCCUCCCCCACCUGACCCACGUCACGUUGCCUCGUCUCGGGGCCACCCACGUCAUCCUGAAAACCCUGUCAGCCCAGCAGGAGAACGGCAGCGUGGGCAGCGAGAGUGGGACCCCUAACCAGACGGGUAACAAGCGUAAAGGCCUGCAGUGGGUAAUAGAUGUGACCAUAGCUUACCCAGAAGCGAGGCCUAUGGAUAUCCAGACCUGGAUCUUUGGCUACAGGCCUCCCACAGUUACACAUGUACACUACAGGAUGUACCCUAUAAAAGAGGUUCCCAUGGAGGCAGAGGCUCUAACUGACUGGCUGUAUCAGAGGUUUGUGGAGAAAGAAGAGUUGCUGGCCCACUUCUACGACACAGGAGCAUUCCCUCCUCCAGAAGGACAGAAGGAAGCAGUUUCCCGGCAGAUGACCCUUGACCCCGUGUGGUUGUGCAUUAUCCAGGCGUUCGCUUUCGUCUCCGGCUACGUGUGGUACAGCGUCCUCCAGUACCUCUACUGCUGUUUAUUUUGAGUGCACUGAUGAGGCGAGAGUCUUUAUCGGACCAUUGGAAAAGCCUCAGGAUCAGUUAGUGUGUGGCCCAGCGUCAUACUUGCCCCCCCCCCCUCCCCUCCUCACACCCCCCGAUGGAUGAAUGUACAUUUGCAUAAGUGGAGAGACUUAACAGGAAACAAAAAAAAAAAAAUAUGAAGACAUGUACACAAACACACAAAUGACAAAAACUCAUACAGUACUAAACUGGUCACAGGCAUAGUUAACUUGCACACAACCCUAACACCACACACUCGCUCCAAACGGCCUAGCAGAAUAAUCUCUCACACUCGUCACGACUCAUAUUUUGAUGUUUACACGUCCUCAUACACGUAGAUGCUCACACGUACAUAACUUUUUAUUCAGAGUUAAUGAAAUGAGGCUCAGGACUCCUCCAGAGGACGCUCUGGACCGGACUCUCUCUCUUCCCCCCUCCCCUCCCCCAAGGCUUCAGCCGUAGUAGUUUUACAGAGUCUAACGAGUGUAUGGUCGUGUGUGUGUGAGUGUAUACAUGUGACUAGAAGCAUAAUGUCUGCCCUUAUUCUUCUUCCUGGCGAGAGUUGAUGAUGCCCACUGGACCUCUCUUUCAGCCUGCUGAUGAGCCGGCUGGCCACACCUUCCAGAGAGAGCGGCCGUAUGAACGUUGAGGCUCCGCAGCCGGCCGCUCCUCUGGCCUUCAUUGCACUAAGGAUCCAUACUGCCCUAACUGCUCCCUGCCCCAGGAAAUAUUCCUGAACGGUAGCUGUCAAUGUUUUUGAUUUAUUUUGUUUUUUCUCCCGUUAACCCGCAUAUCUCCACAACAACGGCCAUCAUAUUUGUUGAUGUCUUUUUGUUGUCGUCGGGACUUUUUUUUUUUUUUUUUUUGUUCGUCUUUUUUUCUUCCUGUGGCCACCCAUCUGUCGAGACAGUAUUCUGAGCUCACUAAGAUGGGGGGAUCAUGUUUACACUGGCGGCCCUGCUGAAAGCCUAAAGGGAUAGCGGCGAAUGAUGCAGCGCUUGAUUACGGACCAUUUCUGUAUCAGACGUGAAGGAAGAGGAGAUGGUGCCGACAUUUAAAAAGAAGACAAAAACUUUGGCAGGGCAAGAGUUUUACAGUCUGAUCAACCUAAAAAGUAACUCCCUCUAUGUGGAUUUCCCCCUUUUUCACCCUCUGCUCUCCAACUUGCAUACACACACAAAUACACAUGUGCACACACAGCCAUGUGCAGCUACACACAGCAGAGAAGACGUCUGUCUCGAGGAUCAUCUCAGCAAGCCAGACUGAGAAGGCAGAGACUCUUAUUCCCCCCAUUGGACUACAUAGUUUUACAAAUAUUUAAGCCAUAUGCUUAGUGUUGCUGAGGUGGGAAAAGACACGGGAAAAAAAAUGUUUUUUUUAUAGAAAGCUUCCCUAAUGUUCAGCAUUCUAAAAUAGAGAUUUUGGCUUACAGAACUAUAGGUAUCAUUACUGUAAAUUUACAGCAUAACCUGCCUAAGUGAGUGUGUGUGGUUGUCUUUCUCCCCCAUUUUUGAUAAAUAUGAUUCAUGUCGUGUUGCUCUGUGACGUCAGAGUGUGGAGGCAAUUCACCACAGGUGGUCAAAUUUUAUUUCAUUUUAAAUUACUUAAACUGUCGUCCUCAUGUCAUGGUAUGUUUAAUCUUGUACAUAACGAAGCUGAGGAAGAGUUUUCAUUGUUGGAAAUGAAAUGACUGCAGCGUCUUUUCUCUCUCUCUCUUGGUCCUUGAUAAUUUCAGAGAAUUUUAGUUUAAAAUAUCAUGAAUGUUUUUUUUAAAGAAGAAGAAGAAGAAUUAAGCACUUCUCAGUGUUAUCCUGGAAAUUUUUUUUUCUUUUUCUCUUUUUUUUUUCUUUUUCUUUUUUUUUUUGAGUUCCCGUGCAGGAAUCGUGCUUCAUGACGUUAAAGCUACAUCUGUGAGCUGGCUGCCACAUGGGCCUGGUUUCAGACUUGUACCAUCUAAGAUGUUAAAUCAUUAAGAUCCAGUGGGAAACCUUGAAUGUCAGGAUUAGCUGAUAUCUUGGUAGACCACAUUCCCUGAUAAUGCUGUUUCCUUGCAUUCCCUCUCGACAAACAUUUUGCGUGUUUGUUAUACUGUAUAGACGGGAGACAAAUUAAAGGAAAAACCAACAUAAAGUGUCUUAUUAAGGUGUUGGGCCACCACGUGCCCCCAGAGCAGCUUCAGUGCACCUUGGCAUUGAUUGUACAGUCUCUGAACUCUACUUGAGGGAUGAACACCAUUCUUCCAAAAGAUAUU